UUUAAUUUUAUUUUACUAUUAUUGAAAUUAGUAUUGGAGAAAUGUGACCCUUUUACUACAAUUUGAAGUAUCUUGCAGUAAUGGCUCAUCUGCCUUUAAUUGCACAAAGUGUGAGACGUAAAAAAAUUGGUAUUGCAUUGACAAUAUGGUUGCAAAUCUGUAGAAUUGCAUGUUGGUUCUUACUUACAUUGGGUGUCAGCCAUAGCCUACAUACUUAUAGACCAAGGAUUAGAUCCUAUAUUUUAGAUUUUUAUGCAAAGCGGGAUUAUGUGAAAAGGCUUAUAUAUGCUAGUGACGAGACUUGUAUUGAACAAGUUAGGAUGAAUAGAUUUGUCAUUUUUAAACUAUGUAAGAUGUUAGAAACAUUAGGGGGAUUGAAGUCAUCAAGGAACAUGCUUAUUGAUGAGCAACUGGCAAUGUUUUUACAUAUUAUUUCCCAUCACCUUAAAAAUCGAGUUAUCAAGCAUCACUUAACUAGGUCCGGGGAAACUGUUAGCAGAUCAUUUCAUAGUGUUUUAAAUGCUGUCAUACGCUUACAAGAUGUGUUAUUUAAAAAGGCAGAGCCAAUUACAGCUAAUUCUUCAGACACAAGGUGGAAAUGGUUUAAGGUGCUCUUGAUGGAACCCACAUUAAGAUUAGGGUUCCAACAGUUGAUAAAGCUAGAUAUCGAACGCGAAAAGGUGACAUAGCAACAAAUAUGCUACGUGUUUGUACACCUAAUAUGCAAUUUGUUUAUGUUCUUCCUGGUUGGGAAGGUUCUGUUGCUGAUGGACGGGUUCUUUGAGAUGCCAUUAGUAGGAGACAUGGGCUAAAAGUUCCUCAUGGUAAAGUGGAAAGUUAGAGGACUUUGAGUUAAUUUGUAAAAGUUCAAACUUUUUUUGGUGAAUUAAUCAUUUAAAAAAAGUUUGUUUUUAUAGGUUGUUAUUAUCUAGUUGAUGCUGGAUACACGAAUUGUGAAGGAUUUCUUGCACCUUUUAGAGGACAACGAUAUCAUUUGAAUGAGUGGCAUCAGGGUUAUCAGCCAAGAACUUCGGAAGAAUUUUUUAAUAUGAAACAUGCCUCAGCACGUAAUGUUAUUGAAAGAUUCUUUGGGUUAUUAAAACUUAGAUGGGGAAUACUUAGGAGUCCAUCAUUCUAUCCUGUAAGGAUGCACAAUAGAAUCAUUAUUGCAUGUUGUUUGCUCCAUAAUUUUAUUCGAACCCAUAUGAGUAUUAAACCUAGUAAUGUGGUAGAUGACGAUGAACCGAAUAUCGUAAGUAUUCAUCCAUCGGAUGCAUGGGCUACUUAGAGGAUGGAACUAGCUAACCAAAUGUUCGAUGAAUGGCAAGCAUCUAGAAAUUAGUUAGGUUUAGGGACAAAAUGAGUUUGAGUUAAUUUGUUUAUGUUAUUUUAUGUAUCUAGUUUGUGAAACUUUGGAGGUGUUUGAAUUGUUUUUUGUAUUAUACUAAACCUGUUGAAUUAUAAUUUAAUUUAUUUUCAUUUGUCAUGUGUUAUAAUUUUAUAAAAUGUUGAGCUUUUGAUUCAUGAUAUUGAACUUAAUUUUAAUUUUAUAAAGUGCUCACCUUUUGAUUCAUGAUA